UCAUACCGCACGAAUGUCAUGGUAAUGCCACUAAUAAACAAAAUAAUGAAGACAUAAUUAGUUCGUUAUGAUUUGAAUCAUUCACAAGUCUAUGUUGUUAUUUAUAUUUUUUUGAGUAUUUAAUUUAUGAUUCAGGAAUGUGGUUGUUGUUAUUAUUAGGGUACUCAUCCCUUAUAAAUGCACAAAAUAGCUUACAACCAGGACCACAGUAUGACUAUGCAGGCAGCCCCAAUUAUAUGAGUAAUGAAAUAUUUUAUGAUUUCAAAUGUCCAGAGUACUGGGUACAACAUUAUCAAUCAUGUUAUAGAUUUGUAAAAUCUCCACAAAGAAAUUACCACGAUGCACGACGAGUCUGUCAAACUUACUCUGUAGAUGUGGGGGGUUCCGACUUGGUAUCAAUAAGUAGCUCUGAGGAGCAUGGAUUCUUGAUACACCAACUGAAUUUAAUUGAUCAACAGCAUAGGAGGUGGUAUAUUGGAGCAAACCAACAACAACCUAACUAUUGGGCAAACCCAGAUGGUACUCAAUUUACCAAUAUGGAAAGUGCCUUUUUACCUGAAAAUGAGCCUUAUGGAAAAAAUUAUUUAGCUUAUAAUUUCACUAGAAAUGUCAUGCAUUGGAGUUUUCAAUUAGUUAGAGGCGAUGAGCCUUUCUUAUUCAUAUGUGAAGCAAAUAUUGCAGCUGUUCAAAGACUGGUAUCUGAUGAAAGAGAUUAUACUUAUGGUGUAGAUAUUGCUGAUCGUAAAACAAUUCCAAGAGGUCCCUACUUCAAAAAACAACCAAAAGAUGUGACUUUCGAUACAUCCAUGAGAACCCUGUAUAAUGUUACUAGAUUGAGCUGCUUAGCUGGUGGUUACCCAGAACCAACCUAUGAAUGGUUCAGAGAAUACUAUGAAAAUGAUAGGCUGGUAGCAAGAAAGAUAGAUCCUCUUCAAGAUGGCAGAUACACUAUUAGCGGUGGAAUUCUGAUAAUCUACGAUCCUCAACAGAAAAAAGACUAUGCCACCUACCACUGUAAAGCAUCGAACAAAUAUGGCACAAUUAUAUCAGAAAGCGUACAACUUAACUUCGGAUUCAUUUUAGAAUUCGUCUUAAAACGUUCUCCGGAGUCUGGUGACCAAAAUUGGGGCAAAUCACUUUACUGUGAUCCUCCAGCUUAUUUCCCUGCUGUUAAAUAUUCCUGGUCUCGUGAUUAUUUCCCAAAUUUCGUGGAAGAAGAUAAACGAGUGUUUGUAUCCUACGACGGUGCUUUGUAUUUUUCAGCAUUGGAGACAAUUGAUAGAGCUAUGUAUAGUUGUAGUGUUCGAUCAGAUUUCUCUGAUUCUGGAAGGAAUGGCCCUUUCUUCCCUUUGAUGGUGAAUCCCCAUUCAAGCUAUCAACAGCUUAAAUUUCCAAAUAGUUUUCCAAAGGCUUUUCCAGAGGCUCCAGUAGCUGGAAGAGAAGUGAGACUCGAAUGUGUUGCUUUUGGAUAUCCUGUUCCUAGUUACAAUUGGACACGGAAAGGUGCCCCCCUUCCUAAAAACUCAUAUUCAACUAGUUACAACAGAGUUCUCGUUAUUCCACAUGUGGAAGUUGAUGAUCAGGGAGAAUAUAUUUGUAGAGCCUACAAUGACAGAGCUAGCAUUUCUAACAGUGUUAUAUUGGAUAUUCAAGCUGAACCCAAUUUCACUAUUCCAUUAAAAGAUAAACAUAUCGACAGAAGAGGUGAAUUAGUAUGGACCUGUGAAGCAUUUGGAAUUCCUGAUGUUAAUUACACUUGGUGGAAGGAUGGUCGACAAUUAGUUCUAGGUUAUUUACCACCAGAAGAUCGAGGUAGAAUUAAUAUUCAAGAUAAUGUACUAACAAUAAGUCCAGUCGAUGAGGAUAGAGAUCCAGGAAUGUAUCAGUGCCGUGCUGCCAACACCUUGAAAACGAAAUAUUCGUCAGCACAAUUGAGAGUUUUAUCAUUUAAACCGUCUUUCAAAAAACACCCUGUGGAAUCUGAAACCUAUGCAGCAGAACAGGGUAAUGUGACAAUAAGAUGUAAUCCGGAAGCUGCUCCUAAACCUAAAUUCAUAUGGAAGAAGGAUGAUAAUGUUAUAGGUUCGGGAGGCCACCGCAGAAUAUUAGAGAAUGGUAAUUUAGUUAUCAGUCCUGUGUCUCGAGAUGAUGAAGGCAAAUACACCUGUAUGGCUAGUAAUCCUCUGGGAAUGGAUGAAUCUGUUGGAAGACUUAUUGUGUUGAGAGGACCACAGUUGGUUAGGGCUUUACAACCAAGGAUUGUUUCUGCCCUUGGUAGUUCAUUUUCUCUCAACUGCCAGGCAUAUACAGAAGAAAUGUUGGAUAUGGCAUACAUUUGGAACCACAGAGGAAUGAGGAUUAGGGACAUAGAUAUCAAAAACUCUGGAAACAGAAUUUUCAUUGAUGGAGGAUAUCUCCAUGUUGUCAAUGUGACAUUCCCAGAUGCUGGGGAAUAUGAAUGUGUGAUAAAAUCUGCAGUAGGACAGAUCUCAUCCAAAACAUACGUUGUUGUGGAAGGACCACCUGGACCCCCAGGAGGUCUACAAGUUAUAUCGAUACAGAAAACUUCGGCUGUCAUACAGUGGACAGACGGUGGUUCUCAUGGAUCAUCAAUUAAUUCCUAUACUAUCAGUGGUAAAACGAAUUGGAACUCAACUUGGGUCAAUAUAAGUCACAAUGUUCAUGCUGAGGAAGUUGAACGAUACACCGGGAGGAAAGAAGCAAAUAUUGAAAAUGUGCUCACUCCAUGGUCAGUGUAUGAAUUUCGUGUUGCUGCUUGGAAUUCCAUCGGUAUGGGCAUUCCCUCGGCACCAAGUCCCAAACACGCAACUCCCCCAGAUAGACCUUACAUAUAUCCACAAAACAUCGCCGGAGGUGGUGGCAAAAAAGGAGACUUGACUAUAACCUGGAAACCCUUGAGAAACGAUCAACAGAAUGGUCCAGGAAUUCACUACAAAGUUUUCUGGAAGAAAAUGUACGAAGAACCGGAAUUCCAAAGUUUGGAACUUAAGGAUUUCGGAAAUACUGGUACAGCAGUUGUGCCCAUAUCUUUAGACGAUUAUUACACCCAGUACAUCGUGAAGGUACAAGCAAUCAACGACAUAGGAGCUGGACCCAUCAGUAACGAACAUAUCAUCUAUUCUGCUGAAGAUAUGCCACAGCCAGCUCCGCAGUUCGUGUCAGCGAUGAGUUUCAAUUCAACAGCACUGAAUGUAACCUGGCAACCCAUUGCUCAAGAUAGGGAGACUGUAAGGGGAAAACUUAUCGGUUAUAGGAUCAAAUAUUGGAAGAUGGAAACCAGCGAAGCAGAUAGCGUUUAUUAUUUGUCUAGAACAACCAGACCAUGGGCUUUGAUCGUAGGUCUUCAACCUGAUACACAAUAUUUGGUUAAAGUUAUGGCUUUUAACAGCGCUGGAGAAGGUCCAGAAAGUGAAAGAUUCAUUGAAAGGACCUAUAGAAAAGCACCUCAAAAGCCACCAUCAUCGGUACAUAUCAUAGGAAUAAAUCCUUCAACCAUUAAAGUUGUGUGGCGUUAUGUACAGCCUUCACCUCAAGAAGAACCAUUACAAGGUUACAAGAUUCGCGUAUGGGAGUUUGAUCAACCCUUGAGUUCCGCUAAUGAUACCAUUGUUUAUACUGGUGAAAAGCUAGAGGGCUAUGUAAACGGUUUAGCUCCUGGAAAGGCCUACAGAAUGAGAGUUUUAGCAUAUUCUAAUGGUGGUGAUGGUCGAAUGAGUUCUCCAGAGAUACGGUUCCAAAUGGGUAAUAAUUUGAGCCACUAAGUUUUUGAUUGUCCAAUGGAAAAAGUGAUGACAAAAAGGUGAUCCAGAUGCUCUUGGUUUGAAGAAUUCAUCUCCUUCGUGGUGUACAAAUCCUCUAGUUGCCUUAACCUCGAUAACGUACUUCCUUAUUUCCGCAAGGUUCUGAGUCAUUGUUUGAACAAAUUGUAUAGGUAUCUCGAAGGUAAUUAUCUUAAGGAUAAUUAUUCUCUUUUUCAUUAUUCCGUCUUGAAAAUUAGACUUUGAGAAAUUAGACUUAAAAUGACAAAAACGUUAUCACUGAUAUAAAAUGAACUGCUUCAAACAAACAAAAAUAUGAGCUCUUAUUUUCCAUAAUAUUAUCAAUUUCUAAUUUCAGUUUUGAUUUCAAAUGGGCAGCUCCAAUUAUUUAGAAAAUAUUGGCCCUCAAAAAAUUUGUUUAAAAGUAUAACUGAAACUUUAAAAAUAUUUAUAUUUUUGUUAGUUUGUCCCAAAGCAGCACAAAAAUGUAUUAUUAUAAAUGAGAUUGGCAUUUAGUAGAUAAUAAUGUUAUUACUGAAUGAAGCAAUUUAAUUCCGUCCUCAAAUUUUACUGUGUAGAUAUUUUAUUACAUAGAGAAAUUUAUUUUUUUUAUACCUGACUUUGAAAGUUCUUUUUUUUACAUCUAGAAUUGUAUUGGAAGAGACUGAAUCUCCUUUUUAUAUAUUUCAUUGGAAAAUGUUAAGAAUACAGCUAUGAAAAUUGUAUAAAAGCAAUAAAGUCUUCUUUUAAGA